AUGCAUCCAUGUAUAAUGAAAAUAUGGCCACCUGGCCAUUAUAGUCCAGUACAUAAUCAUGGUGAUGCAUAUGGAGUUAUUCGUGUACUUCAUGGAAGACUUCUUCUAAAAUUUUAUCCAGCUCUUUCAAUCAAUUUCCGACAAAACCCAUCUAUUGAGCAAUUAUUUGAAGAAAAUCAAGUUACAUGGAUGAUUCCUAAAUUGAAUCAAACAUAUCAAAUGCUUAAUCCUGACAUGUAUGGUUCAUGUUGUAUCACUAUUCAUUGUUAUCAAUACGAAACAGACGAUCAAAUGUAUGGUGAACAUUUUGAUUUCAUUACUAAUGAUGGACAUCAUAUCGACCAUCACAACUAUACACCGGAUAAUAAUUAUCUUGACUUCAAAAGGAUGAUGAUGAUGGAGUCAAUGCAUGGUACUGCUGUGUAA